AUGACCGUCAUUGCCAUUGGCCAGAUGUGCUCCUCGAGCAAUCUCCUCAACAACGGCAUUGUUGCAUCUAGACUUGCUAAAGAGGCGGCCCAAAAGGGUGCCCAUAUGCUCUUCUUACCAGAAGCUAGUGACUACAUUGCAUCUAAUGCUGCACAUUCCAAAUCCCUAGUCCAGCCGGUCACUCGGUCUCCCUUCUUACUUGAGCUGAGAAGCACUCUACGUGACCUCAAUGCUGCAGGAACACCUUUGGAGGUGCUGGUGGGCGUACAUGAACCAUCAGAGAAUAUGGUAGAGGAUCCACGUACGAAAAACACUUUGCUCCAUCUUAAUAACAAUGGAGAAAUUGUACAUCGUUAUCAGAAACUCCAUUUGUUUGACGUUGAUAUAAAGAACGGCCCCAUCUUAAAGGAAUCAAAUUCUGUCCAACCUGGUUCUAAAAUACAACCUCCUUUCCCCACCCCAGCUGGGAUCUUGGGGGUGGGUAUUUGUUAUGACAUGAGGUUCCCUGAACUGUCCUUGAAACUGCGUUCUCAGGGUGCCCAGCUGCUAACCUUCCCCUCUGCAUGGACAAUGAAGACAGGUCCACAUUUCCAUGCUCUUGGCCGUGCCACUGCCAUUUUCACUCAAUGUUAUGUUGUGUUGCCUGCCCAAGAGGGGGAGCACAUCACUGAUGCAGAAACUACUACUACUACUACUUCUAAUACUACUCUCGACGAAAAUGUAAAUGGCAACCCAGACUCCAAUGUGACUGCACAUCAAAGGACCGUCUUGCAAAAGAGAGAAAGCUAUGGCCACUCAGCCGUUUUCGAUCCAUUGGGCAAUCUCGUUACCGAAAUCCGUCACGGAGAAGGAAUUGCACUCGCGGAGAUUGAUUUGCGCCUUGUUGAAACAACAAGGGAGAAUAUGCCACUAAUCACUCACAGAAGGAGAGACAUUUUCGGAGAUGUUUGA